GGCACCUAACCUCGCUGGGCAGCAUGGCGGAACAGGAGAGCCUGGAGUUUGGGAAGGCUGACUUUGUCCUCCUGGAUCAGGUGACCAUGGAGGACUUCAUGGAGAACUUGAAACUGAGGUUUGAGAAGGGAAGGAUCUACACCUACAUUGGGGAGGUGGUGGUCUCCAUGAACCCCUACAGGCAAAUGGAUCUGUAUGGCAAGGACAUGAUUGAACAGUAUCAGGGCCGAGAGCUGUACGAGAGGCCGCCUCAUCUCUACGCAGUGGCUGAUGCGGCCUACAAGGCCAUGAAGCGAAGAGCCAAAGACACCUGCAUUGUCAUUUCAGGAGAGAGCGGAGCGGGGAAGACGGAAGCCAGCAAGUACAUCAUGCAAUAUAUCGCUGCCAUUACAAACCCUACCCAGAGAGCAGAAGUGGAGCGAGUAAAGAAUAUUUUGCUCAAGUCCAACUGCGUGCUGGAGGCUUUCGGCAACGCAAAGACUAACCGCAACGACAACUCCAGCCGCUUUGGCAAAUACAUGGACAUCAACUUUGACUUCAAGGGGGACCCCACCGGGGGCCACAUAAAUAAUUACCUCCUGGAGAAGUCUCGCAUUCUUCAACAGCAGCCUGGAGAGAGGAACUUCCAUGCCUUUUAUCAGCUGCUUCUUGGGGCCUCGGACGCUUUAUUGGACUCGCUCCAUCUCAGCAGAGAUCCUGAAGCCUACAGGUUUACCAGAGAGGGAGCCAGAAACAAUUACUCGGGCAGUGACAAAGCCAACCACAGAGCAGUUGAAGGUGCCAUGAAGGUGAUUGGCUUUAGCCCAGAGGAGAUGGACUCCGUCUACAAGAUCUUGGCGGCCAUCUUGCACUUGGGCAAUGUCCGCUUCAUCACCACAGAGGAUGCCAUGAAGAUCGAGAACGAGGAGCUCCUUUCCUACCUGGCUGAGCUGACCUCGACAGAAGCAGGGAGUCUCCUUAAUGCGCUCCUGCACCGGACGGUGGCUGCUGGGGGCGGGGAGGUGAUCCAGAAAGCGCACAGCAUCAACGAAGCCAGCUACGCCAGGGACGCGUGUGCCAAGGCCUUCUACGAGCGUCUUUUCUGCUGGAUCGUUGCCCGUAUCAACAAAGUAAUCGAGGUGAAGAACUAUGAUGCCCGAAUCCACGGCAAGAACACUGUGAUUGGUGUUCUGGAUAUCUAUGGCUUUGAGAUCUUUGACACCAAUAGCUUCGAGCAGUUCUGCAUCAACUAUUGCAACGAGAAACUGCAGCAGCUCUUCAUUGAACUGAUCCUGCGACAGGAGCAGGCGGAAUACCAACGUGAGGGCAUUGAGUGGCAACACAUUGAAUACUUCAACAACCAAAUCAUUGUGGACCUGGUGGAAGAACCGCACAAGGGCAUCAUCGCCAUUCUGGACGAGGCUUGUCUGACAGCUGGGAAAGUCACCGACGCCCUCUUCCUGGAGUCAAUGAACAGCAGGCUCAGCAAACACCCCCACUAUACCAGCCGGAAGGUCAACCCCACUGACAAGUCUAUGGAGUUUGGACAGGACUUCCGGAUCAAGCACUACGCAGGAGACGUGACGUAUUCUGUGGAGGGAUUUCUAGACAAGAACAAGGACACCCUUUUCCAGGACUUCAAGCGGUUGAUGUUCAACAGCGUAGACCCUGUCCUGCAGCAGAUGUGGCCGGAGGGCAAGCAGAGCAUCACCGAGGUGACCAAGCGGCCUCUGACAGCAGCCACCCUCUUCAAGAACUCCAUCGUGGCGCUGGUGGAGAACCUGGCCUCCAAGGAGCCGUAUUAUGUCCGUUGCAUCAAACCCAAUGACGAGAAGUCCCCGCUGCUCUUUGACGUGGAACGCUGCCACCACCAGGUGUCCUACUUGGGAUUGCUGGAGAACGUGCGUGUCCGCCGAGCCGGUUUCGCCUACAGGCAGCCUUAUGAGCGCUUCCUGCUCCGGUAUAAGAUGACCUGUGAAUAUACGUGGCCCAACCACCUCAUGGCCACAGAUCGCGAGGCCACGCAGGCCCUGAUCGAGCAACACGGCUUCCAAGAUGACAUCGCCUACGGGCACACCAAGAUCUUCAUCCGGACGCCGCGAACUCUUUUCUGCCUGGAACAGGAACGUGCCCAGCUGAUCCCCAUCAUUGUAUUGCUUCUGCAGAAGGCUUGGAGGGGUGCCCUUGCCCGCAAGCGCUGUCGAUACCUUCGGGCCACCUAUACCAUCAUGUGUUACUUCAAGCGCUACAAAGUGAAGUCCUACUUGCUGGAGCUGGUAAUGCGCUUCCAGGCCGUGCGCAGCAUGCCCGACUAUGGCAAGAGUGUGGAGUGGCCAGACCCCCCAGCCGUGCUGGCACACUUCCAGGAAAACAGCAAGCGCAUCUUCCGCAGGUGGCGUGCCAGACAGAUUGUGAAGAACAUCCCACCCUCUGAGAUGGAACAGAUCAAAGCCAAGGUGGCCGCUCUGGAUGUCCUCCAAGGGCUUCGGAAGGACUGGGGCUGCGGCAGGAACUGGGGCAGGAACUAUUUGAUGUCGGUGGAAGAAAACCCUGUCAUGGCCACCCAGUUUGCAAAGCGGGUGGAAGCCCUGAGGCAGAAGGUGCAUUUCCGUUCCGUGCUGUUCUCCUGUCACAUCCGCAAGAUAAACCACUGUAACAAGAGCCGAGACAGAGCCCUUCUGAUCACAGACCAACACCUGUACAAGAUGGAGCCCAGGAAGCAGUACAAGGUGAUAGCGUCCAUUCCUCUGAGGCUGGUGACAGGGGUGAGUGUGACGAGUGGUGGGGACCAGCUGGUGAUAUUCCACACGCAGAACUGCCACGGGCUGGUGGCCUGCCUCCACAAGAUGCAUCCAGCGAGUGACAACCGGGUGGGAGAGCUGGUGGGCGUGCUGGUGGACCACUUCAGAAGGUCAAAGCAGGAGCUCCGGGUGCAAGUGUCAGACUGUAUCCAGGUCAGCCUGAAAGGAAGGAAGAGACUGGUGACCGUAGAGAUGCUCAGCGAGGAAACCCAGCCCAACUUUGCCAAGAGCCGGGAUGGUUUUGUGCUUUACUCACCGAGGAGAUGAACAGAGGAUUUUUGGGGGAGGGGGACACACUGGCUAGGAGGUGUGAAGGAUCCCAGAAUGGGGAGAGGCCCAAUACCUCGCGGACUCCCAACUCUUGGCAUUCCAUUGCUCUGGGGGAGUUGGGAAUCUGUCUUCAUUUGUAGCCCAGCCAAAACAGGGGAAAAUCUACACCCAGACGUCAAAGAACCUUCACCUGGCUCCCCCCGCCCCAUUCUAGUGUUAUAUAGGAUGAGGAAAACUACUCUGGGGAGAGGCAGCGACACGCUGAGACCUCUUUAAGGUGUGUAUAUAUAGGUACAUUUGGUAUCACCCCAGUUAAACCAGAUACUCUUUGGAAGUCUUGGGCAUCCUUUGCAGGGUCCCUUUUGCUUGGAAAAGGAGA